GCUCUCUAUAUGUCUAAAAAGUUCAAGGGGUCCUGAACGAGAUUGACAAUAUAUCAGACACUCAACUAUAUAUAAGCUGGAUCACAGAACGGCGAUAAUCAUGUAUUCCUUCGACAUACUUCAUUUUCAUCUUCAUCUUCAGCACUCAUACCAUUAUUACCUACGAACUCCUUCCAUCCCUUCACAGAUUUAUCAAAUCCUCUAUCUAUAAGAAUUGCUAGUAUCGGACAAAACCCCAAGUCAACAUGCAUCUUGCCAGCUUCGCCAGCCUCCUCGCCAUCAGCGCGAACGUCGUUCUCACGAACGCAGACGCUACCAACCCUUCCGUCAGCCUCGCGCGAGCGGAUAACCCUGCUGUGCCUCUGCUCAGGUCCGGGUUCAGCGAGAGGCGUGCCGCCAUGAUGGAUCUGCAACCUCGUGCCGGCAUCCAAGACCAAUGCAACGCAGCGACGGGGUUCUUCUCGACGGCGCGGUGCGUUCUCCGCCGAGGCGUCAUCAAGGCGGGUCCGGCCGUCUCUUACGGAACGCAGACGCUGAAUCAAGUCGUCACGGACAUAUGGCGGAAGAUAACCACUACCACGGCCACGUCCGGGAUGUUGACGUCAAGCGAGUACGAGAACGGCAACCUGUAUAUCUACGCCACCACUGGCUACCCCGGCGCGCCCGGCACUUGUAGCUGGCCUUCGCUCAACCAAGGAGUCCCCACGUACGACCUGUACGUGGCCCUCAUGCAGGCGGUAUUGGAUGCGCAAUCGAACGGUGGCGUUAAUCGGUACUACUUAACUUCAGCUACGGGGGAGAUAUACGCUAGCCUGAUGGUAAAGGCGUCGUAGUAAUCUGAAGAGCGAUAAGGAUACAUUGGAAAUAUGAAGUUGUGUUCGCGCGUUAGGAGAGGGUGGUAGAGUCCGAAGUUAGUUACAGUUGUAUGAAUAGAACGUGGUGAAGUGUUAGUGCAUGGGGGACGGUUCUCUUUUUUAUAUAUAAACUUUCUUGUAGGUUGAAUAAAAAUAUCAUAAACCAAGACCUGGCUUUAAACAAUAUAUACUUUCCUAAGUGGGUAUAAUGUUCUACUGGAUGUCAAUGUUGAAUACGGCAGUUGUUUCUCAUGCGCUAAGGUCAACCCCUAACCACCGAAAGAGAAAAUGCACCGCUAUUGUAGACUUCGUCUUCCUUUUCUUCGCCUUUUCUCUUCCCCGCCUACGCACAUUUCCGCCUUAACGUUUUUAAGGAAUUAGUCUCAUAGGUUAGUAAAGGCUACAAUAGUGACGAGAACGGAAUCGUUGUUCUUGCAACUCCGAGAUCGGAGAAACAAUGACGUCGGGAAACUUAGAGGCUCAGUGGGACGGGAUAUUAGUUUUUGAAGACUUAUAUCAAUCUAUAAACGAAAUCAUUACGUUAGGUAGUGACCAG